UCGCCAUUCUCCAAGGACCUCAACAACCUUACAAUUGUGCCGUCAAGAUGAGUCUCAAAUAUGGAGUUGGCGGUGCUACGACUGCAUUGGCAGUAGUGGGAGCUUAUAUGCUCUUCACUGGUGACGGAGAAGCUUUCAACUUCGGACAAUUCUUGGAAGAUGUAUCGCCGUAUGCGUGGGCGGAUUCUGGCAUCGGAUUGUGCAUUGGAUUAUCAGUUGUCGGUGCAGCUUGGGGAAUCAUGAUCACAGGUUCCUCGAUCCUCGGAGGUGGAGUAAAGGCUCCUCGCAUUAGGACGAAGAACCUGAUCUCCAUCAUUUUCUGCGAAGUCGUCGCUAUCUACGGCGUCAUCAUGGCGAUCAUCUUCUCCUCGAAAAUCAAGGGCAUGGACGCAGAUGCGAUUUACUCGGGAAGCAACUACUACACCGGAUACGCUGUAUUCUGGGCGGGUUUGACUGUAGGAAUGUGCAACUUGAUUUGUGGUGUGUCGGUUGGUAUAAAUGGAAGUGGUGCUGCGUUGGCUGAUGCUGCGGAUCCAAGUUUAUUCGUCAAGAUUCUCGUUGUCGAGAUCUUCAGCUCGGUCCUCGGCCUGUUUGGCUUGAUCAUUGGAUUACUGGUUGCAUCAAAAGCUGCUGAGUUGGGAGAGUAAGAAACGAGGCUAAAGGCGCCGACAGCAUCGAUGAAAAGAGAAAGUGGAGGCGGACAAGAGUGUGUAUAUCAGCUCGGCACAGAAUGAAGGGCGUUCAGGUAGAAAUGAGGCAUUUUGGAGCGCUGCACUUUCCUCUUGUAAUGCUGCUAGACUGUAUGUAUUAUAUUCCUAACGGCAGCUUGCUUGUGUUAAGUAUCGUCAUUCUUCGUUACCAUUCUUGGUCAGGAUCUGUGGGUCAAUAGCCUGUUCAGCCCAACCCCGAUGACUCUGAAGCUCGAAGUCAGCUGCAUUCGGUAUCUCCUCUCCUUCGUUUACUUCAUUUCGCUCUUCAGGUGUAUCUUGAUCAAAAUCAUUAUAACCAUCACGAAAGACAUCCUCGGCUCCAAACAUCGAUGCAGACACAUUCGGUUCUUGAUCAGGACCAGAAGAAGUUCCAAUAGCUUCGGCAAGUGUCUUUUGAACCU